ACUACAAGCCACGGGAGGUCGUGGUCAUUCAUCAUCAUCCCGCCGCGACGAGAGCAGGAGGAACCGGUGGUUUUUCAAUUUCGACAACAACACUACAGGUACAACUGCUACAGGACCACCUCAUCAUCAUCAUCAAGAAGAUUCUCACCUUUCCUUUGAU